UAACAAGUUUCUAUCAAGCAUAUCAUGUUCUAAAAAGGUUUGAUUCUGCAGAUGAUAUCCCAGUUGCAGUGCUCUUUAAUGAGAAGGCUGCGUUGCCUAGCUUGGAGCUAUUAAACAUCUCAGGAAUGGAUAAUGUGAAAAAGAUAUGGCACAACCAACUUCCUUAAGAUUCCUUCACCAAACUAAAAGAUGUGAAGGUGGCAUCCUGUGGACAACUGUUGAAUAUUUUUCCAUCCAGUAUGUUGAAAAGGUUACAGAGUCUACAGUUUCUGAAAACAGCGGAUUGUAGUUCAUUAGAAGAGGUUUUUGAUAUGGAAGGGAUAAAUGUGAAGGAAGCUGUAGCAGUCACUCAGUUGAGUAAAUUGAUUCUACAAUUUCUGCCAAAGGUUAAGCAGAUAUGGAAUAAGGAACCCCACAGAAUUCUCACUUUUCAAAACUUAAAAUCAGUAAUGAUUGAUCAAUGUCAGCGUUUGAAAAACCUUUUUCCAGCAUCUUUAGUCAGAGAUCUAGUGCAACUUCAGGAACUGCAAGUGUGGUCUUGUGGGAUAGAGGUAAUUGUCGCAAAGGACAAUGGAGUCGAGACAACAGCUAAGUUUGUAUUCCCUAAAGUAACCUCACUCAGGCUCUCCCAUCUACAUCAACUUAGGAGUUUCUACCCAGGGGCACAUACUUCACAGUGGCCAUUGUUGAAAGAACUGAAGGUGCGUGAGUGCCCUGAAGUCAAUUUAUUUGCAUUUGAAACUCCAACAUUCCAACAAAUACAUCAUAUGGGAAAUCUUGAUAUGCUGAUUCACCAGCCCCUUUUCUUGGUGCAACAGGUUGCAUUCCCUAACUUGGAGGAAUUAACAUUGGAUUACAACAACGCGACAGAAAUAUGGCAAGAACAAUUUCCAGUUAAUUCCUUUUGCAGACUAAGAGUUCUGAAUGUAUGUGAAUAUGGAGAUGUUUUGGUUGUCAUUCUUUCCUUUAUGCUUCAAAGAUUACAUAAUCUGGAAAAACUUAACGGGAAAAGAUGUAGUUCAGUCAAAGAGAUAUUCCAACUUGAAGGACAUGAUGAGGAAAAUCAAGCCAAGAUGCUUGGACGGUUAAGAGAAAUAUGGUUGCGUGAUCUUCCAGGGCUGACCCAUUUAUGGAAGGAAAACUCCAAACCAGGCCUUGAUUUGCAAAGUCUGGAGAGUCUUGAAGUGUGGAAUUGUGACAGUUUGAUAAAUUUGACACCAUGCUCGGUAUCUUUCCAAAAUCUAGAUACUCUAGACGUGUGGUCUUGUGGCAGUCUGAGAAGUUUGAUAUCACCCUUGGUAGCUAAAAGUCUGGUAAAACUCAAAAAACUCAAAAUGGGUGGAUCACAUAUGAUGGAAGUAGUAGUUGAAAAUGAAGGAGGGGAAGGAGCAGAUGAGAUUGUUUUCUGCAAAUUACAACACAUGGUACUUCUGUGUUUGCCAAACCUCACAAGCUUCAGUUCAGGUGGUUAUAUAUUCUCAUUCCCAUCCUUGGAGCAUAUGGUGGUGGAAGAAUGCCCCAAGAUGAAAAUUUUCUCUUCAGGCCCCAUAACUACACCAAGGCUAGAAAGAGUAGAAGUGGCAGAUGAUGAGUGGCACUGGCAGGAUGAUCUAAAUACCACCAUCCAUAAUUUGUUUAUGAGGACGCAUGGUAUGUACUGA